CCCUUUCCGAGGCAAGCGAGCCUUCAGCCGCCAGAGGGCCCGCUUUGUGGCUGGCGAGGGGAAGGGAGGUCUUUCCCUUCCACUCUCUUCUCUCUCUUUCCCUCUUUCAUUCUUUUCUCUCGCCAGGAUGUGGAAUCGCGCUUCCUGGAGUUUGCAGCUCGCUGUUGCUUCCCUUAAGCCCCCCACCCUUUCCAUGCCAGCUCCUUGCGAAGGGGCCACGAUUGCUCUGUAAAUCAGCCACCAGCAUCGUUGGGGGCUGGACCCCCCAAGCCCUGAGCAGCAACAGCAGCAGGUGCUCUUAUGAGCCUCACCUGAGAAGACUGAAGGAACUUCUAGAAAGAGAAUAUUUGUGGGUCGACAUGCAGGAGAACUACGAAACUGUGAUUUCGCUCGCGGAAGAAAUUGCCAUCAGCUGGCCCCGAAUAACCGCUUUUACAGAGACCCGUGGACGGCGAGGUUUAGCUUCUGGGUUAGAAAUGGAACCUGAGCAAGGGCAGUUAGCGCCUCUGCCAGGUCAAGCAGCAGCGACUGCGGGUUCAAGUGAGGAAGGGAUCCUGCCAGACUUCCGGAGGCAGCUUGGAGUGAUCCUGCAGACGGUGGGCAAGGCUCAGGUGGAGAAGAUGCUGAGGGAACUGGUAAAGGAGCAAGAGCAACAAGGAAGAGUGAGGAGGCGUAAAAGGGUGACCAGGAACCCCCGACUUGGAGGUGAUGGCACAGGUGGGGUGAACUCACAGGAACUUCAGGCUGAACUAGUGGAAGGACCUACCAUCACAUCUCGGAAGCCACCAGCUAAUGAGCUGCAAGUGCCUCUCUUGUGUCCAGGAUUGGUGGCAGGGCAGAAGCAAUCAAUUUCAGGGAAAAUGGUUCAUGGAGAUGCUAGUGGGUGUAAGAACAGCAUUGCCCAUCAGCAAAGUCUUUUGGGAACAAGAUGGGGAGCAGGCCUUCAGCCAAGGGAGAGCAUUGGCUGCAAUCCCCUCCACAGCAUCAGUCGGGACUCCCAGGAAAGUGGGAGAGUUUGGCCAGCUUUUGGUGAAAGAAGCCAGUUCUUCUCUGGGUGGCAGAAACCACGCUUUACACCGAGACGACGGCGCACAGCUGCAGGAGAGAAACCCCACCGCUGUGGGCCAUGCAGAAGAACCAUCAUGGUCCCCCCAGUUAGGUCUAGUUCUCCUCCAAAUUCCGCUUUGGCUUCUUCCCUGGACUCUGCCUCAACCUCUUCUCUUGUUUUGCCUCUGAAUUCCAUAGGGCUAUUGGAUACUCAAACUCUUCCAGAGAACACAAUUUUGACUCAGUCCCGAAAGCCCCACGCCUGUGAGGAGUGUGGAAAACGAUUUCGAAUCCUUGCCAACCUAGAGCGGCAUCAGCAGCGCCAUGUGGCAGAAAAACCUCAUCAGUGCCAUGAUUGCGGGCGACGGUUCCGUUGGGGUUGCCACCUGGAGCGCCACCGGAGGUCACGCCGCUGCGCGGAAUGUGGUGGGGGCCUUGCAACACCUCCUCCCCCUCCCUCCCCACCCCCAGAACCUGACCGGCCCUAUUCUUGUGGGGAGUGUGGGAGGCGGUUCACCCAGCGUUCUGCCCUCAGCAAGCACCGGCGGCUGCACUCAGGGGAGCGUCCUUAUGGCUGUGUGGAGUGUGGCAAACGCUUCCUGCAGCGCUCGGAUCUCACUAUUCAUGUGCGCUCCCAUUCUGGGGAGCAGCCUUAUGUGUGCACGGAGUGUGGCCGCCGCUUCAGUGUCAGCUCCAACCUCAGCAAGCACCGGCGCAUGCACCGUGGGGAGCGCCCGCAUGCCUGUUCCGUUUGUGCCAAGCGCUUUCUGCAGCGCUCCGAGCUACUCAUCCACCAGCGGGCCCACACUGGGGAGCGCCCCUACCCCUGCACGGCCUGUGGAAAGCGCUUUGCUCGCCGGGCUCAUCUGAAACGCCACCAGCGUACCCACGGCAGUGUACCUCCUGCUGCUGCCACCUCUCGCCACCAGAAUGCCCGUUUCCUGGCCACAGACACCAUGUCCCUUCUUGAACAUCAACAGAAUGAACCCAGGGUAGUGGCUGAUGCUCUGGAGUCACGUACUCACACUAACACACUCACUUCAGGGUCAUGUCCGCCAGCGACUGUCUUCUCAGCAUCACGGGGACCUGGGGGUGCUGCAACACUGAGUCUGCCCUGGACUGUGUCCUCACCUGCCCGUCUUCCCUUCUGCUCCAGUUCUCUUUGAUCACAUGGUAGAAUACCCGUAUUCCUACCUUUCAUCAUUACCAAUGGGCAUCUCAACUGAAUCUCUGUUUCAGGGAUGAGAUCCAGUUUCUGGUCAAACACGGUGAGGGGAUAGACCAGGUUAAGACAGAGCAUGGGAGUGGGUAUUGAGACAUGGAUUUGGCUGACUUCUGAAGCCUGUUUUUUUCUUCCCCUUCAUGGCCUCCUGCUAGGCUCUGCAUACACUCACCAGUGUAUGGGUGAGGUGAGGAGCAGAAGUUGAGGUCUAUGAGUACCAAACAGUGUGACUGAGAGUCAGGGUAGCCUGCCUUUGCAGAUGGGAAGGGGAAACCACCCAGGCAAGUACUGUACAGUUUCCAAACCACAAUUGUGAAUACAAGGAAAUGUGUUUUUGAGACAUGCACACAAUGUGUUCUCUUAUCUAACACAUGGUCACUUCUCUCCCUACCCUUCCACAUCUGUUAGCUUAAAACAAAACACUUUCCCCCUUGAUUUUGUUGGCUGUCAACAUAUCUUUGACUGCCUUGGUUACUUUUUGUGGGAAGAGAAGCUCAAAGUAGGCUUUCCUCCAAGCACUUAGUACCCACUCCUGGAGAGAAAAUGGCACACUUGCUACUGUUGUUGAUCCUGUGUCCUAUCAUAGGUGUUGCGUUUAUUGAGGAUGGGUGGGUUUUAUGUGUGUCCCUCAAGUAAGUUUAUCACCAGUCCAAAGUCUCAUAUCAAAGUUGUGUGGAAGACAUAAUCUGAAGAAAGAAAAGAUGGCAGCUUGAUUUUUGUGAGCAGUCUGGUAACAAAGCUGUUUCAGGAUUCAAAUGUUGCUGCUUGCUGAACUGGAACAAGAUGGUCAGUGCCUUCAUUAAAGGGGCAAUAGGGUAUCUUUUACUAUCAGCUCCUGAGAAAAACAAGACAGAGAAGGAGAAGCAGGAGGUGCCUGCCUUGGCAGGAACUGAGAACCGGAACUUAAAACGUGGGAGGGUGUCUGGUUUCUGCCUCUUCUGUUCUUGGUAACCAGCUGCGAGAAUGGAUCUGACUUGCUAGUCUCAAGAGUUGUUCCCAACUGUAUGGUUGUUUACCAAGCCAGUGUUAUUGUCCCAGUUACUUGUACAUUCUUGGUACCUUUUGGACUGGUGUUCUGUCAUUAGAGGGUGGGAUCUGAGGGAUGGACCAUCACAGCCUGUGGUUCAGCCCAGGUUCUAGAGUAGAGGGGAAGGGUCAUAUUUGAUUUAGAAUUAAUACAGUAGAACUUUGUUUUAUCAAACUUUAGUGUGGAGUUUCUUUAAUUAUUGUAGAAAAAAAUUGAAUCCAAAUUUGUAUAUUUAAGUGAAUCAAAAUAGAAUAAUUUUGCAAUUCCCUGCUCAUGAAAAAGAUAUUUCACGUUUCAGAACACAGAAUAUUAAUGUCAUACUACUCAUUUUGUGUUUGGCAAGGGGCGAUUUUGUUCAGUUUAAAUGCAUUCACUUCCAACUGGCAGUGUUUGAACAUAUAAAAGGUUUAUAAUCAGGGUUAUCAUAGCUGCCAUUACAAUUGCAUACAGCCCUUCUGGUGCUGUGUAUUGUUGAAGGCUUUCAUGGCUGGAAUCACUGGGUUGUUGUGUGUUUUCUGGGCUCCAUGGACAUGUUCCAGAAGCAUUUUCUCCUGACAUUUCACCUCCAUCUAUGGCAGGCAUCCUCAGAGGUUGUGAGGUCUGGUGCUGGUUUUCCACUUUUUAUCUGGUUUACAUGCAUUUUUAAAAUAGGCACAGAGGGAAGUAACAUUAGACUGAGGAUGAGCAUGGCUACAAGAGUUAUAUUCAGACUGUAAUAAAAAGGCAAACAUUAAGUGAUUUCACUUCCAUCCCCUGGAUUUUAUUGCCUCUUGAACUCUUAAAUUCCUUGCUUUCUUCUGCAAUUUUGUCAGGAAUUGUUCAUAACUUUCAAAUCUAACUUGGUAGUCUAAUUUAAACUUCCUGUAGGUGAAAAAAAAAACCCUACAAAAGCAAAGAUUUUGUGCCUGAAGUUGUUUUCUAUAAAUGUAUCAUAAAGCUUAGAAAAGUUACUUUUCUGGAGCCCCUACUACAGUUCCUACAACUCCAAACCACCACAGUCCCUAGUCAUGUUACCCAAGAGAUGUUGGAAACUGCAAUCCAAAAAAGUACUCUUAUGUGAUUUUUACUUAUAAAUACACACAUAGCAUUCCCUUUAUUAGAUCUAUGACUUAGAUUAAAUGUUCUAUAUGAUUUCUAAUAAACAGAAAAGCAGAAAUGGAGAUGGAGAGUAGUGUUGACCUUUAUUAAAAGAUACCCAGACAAAUGCAGUCAUUGUAGGGGUGUGAAGAAGAGUCACAGAUUUUCCCAUCAUUGUCUCAGCACAUUGAGACAUCUUGUCAAAAUGGCCCAACAUGCAUUUUGGGAUUUUGUGAAAAAAUCAUUUGUAUGAAAAACAAUACUUUUGGUGCAAAAUACAUUGUUCCCUGCUGCAAACAUUUUUGCAAGAAACCUUUUUACACAAAUGAUUUUUUUUUGCAAAAAAAAGGCCCUGAAAUGUGAAAAAAUAAUCUAAAAUUCACAAAAAUGUGUAAUGCUGUUUCAUAUUUAAUUUUUACUUGCAAAAAUGGAAAAAGUAAAGAUUUAUAUCUUAAUGUACACCCCAUUCCGCUUCCGAAUUCAAGGUGAUUUUCCAGGGGAAGGAAUUUGGUGAGAUCCAAAUAACUGUGGCAUACUUUGUGAAACAAGUUGGUAGGCUGACUUUCAGGAGCAGGGUCCACUGGUCUUUCAGUCAAUGUCUUGGCAGCUUCUACUGUUGAAGUGCACAAGGAAGAACACUAGAACAGCAUUGCUGGCUCCUUCUCGGCAUCCCAAUCACAUAAAGUCCAAAGAUGUAUGGAAGUUCACCAGCAGUCAAUAACAAUAUGCACUAAAUUAUUCGAAUCCCCUGUAUUAGGUAGUUAUUGUGGUCCUGAAUAUGGAAGAGUUUGUGCUUUUGUCAAAUAUCAGUCACACCCAUCUCAUGAAUUCAUGAAAUCCUUUGAAAAGUAAUAUCCACUUCAGUUUCUUAGGAGGGAAAGUUCCCAGGGUUAAUCUUGCUGCCGUAAGACAAAAACCACUUCCUUUGGUUUUGUUUCAUCCAGUGGUUAUUGUUUAACAAUGCUUUGUGAGAUGAUGAGCUGACAUUGUCAGGAUUUUGUACAUUUGACAGUGAAUCCUCUGUCCCUUUGUUUUUUUUUUUUUUCUAUAACACUUAUGAGAUGAUAAUUCUCUCUGGUGUCUGUAAGCAAUCAGAGCAAAAAGAGAUCUAGAUGGCACGGGGAAAUUAAAUAAACCACACUUUUUCAGAA